AUGAGCUUUGUAUCCGAUUACCAGAAACACUCUGUGCUUUACUUCGUAGACGGGAAUGUCUGUCUUGCGGCCCCCAAGUUGAAUCUCACCGCGGCGUCUAACUCUUCCAGCGAAGCAGCCUCUCCUGUCCAGGAGGCUGAAAAGCCUGCAGGUCCCGUUGGCACACUCUUUCGCGUUCAUCAAACUAUCCUAUCCCUACAUUCUCCUAUUUUCGGCGACACAUUUGCGCUUCCCAACCCAAAAGGCGCCAACGAAACCCAUGAGGGUGUUCCUCUAGUUCAGAUGCCGGAUAAUGCGGACGACCUCGAGAUUCUCCUGAAGGCUUUCUACUUCGGAUAUGAGCUCCCCUAUCCGAGACUUAAUCCCAACACGCCAGACGCUGUGCGGAAUAUACUCGUGAUGGCAAACAAGUACCAAGUCGACUUCGUCCGCAAAAUAAUCGUGGACCGUCUGGAAAGCGACUGGCCUCAAACCGUCUCAGCUUGGGAAAGGCUAGAGUCCGAAAUCUCAACGAUGGGCGACCAAGAGGAAGCGCUAGAAUACGUCAUGCCUUACCCGAACCCGCAAUUGCCAUCCGUCUCGCUCGAGACUGCAACAUCCCCUCCAUCCUCCCAGCAGCGUUCUACCACCUCUCACGGCUCUCCCUCAGCGACGACUGGCACAUCGUGCGCGGACUUAGCAAGAGCGAAAUCUUCUUUCCUUUCGCCUACUCGAGAUUUCGUUCUGUUCGGUGGUCCCUGCUGA